GAUAUGCUAAGUUGAGUUUCCAUAUUCGUGAAUAUCACCGAGAUACAAUCCCCCUUCUCUAAUAAUUACAUCAACCUCCAUUCAACCUUCAAUAGUUCGACUUUUAAGAUAAUCUUUAUCUUCCACUUAUUCAACCUGGGCGCACAUACGGCGAAUAAUGGGAUAAGGAGUACUAUUGGUUUGAAACUUAGUUCUAACGCCAACCGCGUCUUGUUCCCAACCUUCGGCGCCUCUUCAAUUCGUACCCUAACAGCCAAUACCUUCCUUACUCGUUCCUUCAUCAAAAUUUCCCAUGUCCCUAUAAAUCAAAUCGACGCACUUUCCUCCCGCCACGGGCAAAUUGGUAUAGAGUGGGGGGGAAGGCAUGAUGAAGAUGGAAGCCAGGGAUACCACGCGUAAAUCAUGCGCAGAAUUCUCCAUAAACUUGGACGAUACUAGUUCCAAUGGUAGAGUCACUACUUCGGCGUGCCACUACCAUGCGCAUCCUACUAGAUCGGCGUCUGACGCCCCAUACCACUUCCCCAACACCCCUUCUGAAGACGCUAUUACUCAGUCGCGUCCCCUUCAUACUGAAGUGCCAAUUCUAGAUGGCUGGCAAACAUUCCCUCCACCUCCCGUCCCGCGAUUGGACCUGGACAAAGUUAAGAGAGCGUCUGGGAAAGGAUUACGCGAUGUAGAGGAAUUUACGGACCAGCAUAUUCAACAGUCUAUCGCUCUCUGUGAAGCAAUGGGACUGGCCUGUACCAAGGCAAAAGAAAUCGAGCACGAGAGAGAGUCACAUAAGGACAAGGAGAAAGAUAACGACACUAAGGUAUCUUCCCAAGAAGACCAAGUCCUCUUUGCGGAAAUGCGACGGAUGUAUUACUCAUUUGCGAGCCUCGAGGGUUGUGAAAACCAUGCUUCUAUUCGACGCCACUAUUCUGAGUUUCUGAAGCACCAAAGCCAACAACCGCCACGAAAGCCGUCAAAAACAGAGCGCUUGCUUGGUUCAGAUGGAUCAUCUACAAAUACAGACAUACCUCGAAACAGCCAAUUGUAUUUCCUCGGCUCACCACCAAAGAUGUACAUUAUUCCUUUCGACAAGGCUGUGGCUGCGGGCUUAGAAGAUGUUAAGGGCUCAAACGCCAGAGUCACAUCUCUCCCCAGCGUAAUCAAGGCCGAACCGUCUCAAUCCGGGUUGUCUUUACCAGCAGCACCCUUCCUAUUUCAACCCUCUCCCAGCAAACCGCAGAAUGACAAUAUACCGGAUUGGUUUCCCCUUCUUAAAAUACCGGUGAAAGGAGAUGACCUCCAGUCUCGAUGGACGAGCUUCUCCAAUACCUUCAGCGCGCUGGAGAAGGCAAUGGAAUUGAAGGAUGAUAAGCCGAAGUGGGACAAGACGUGGCACGAACCCAAUCCCAAGUGGCAAUUUGAAUUCCGCGUUAAAAAGGGCGGCUGGUGGAAAUGCAGAUCUGGACCUGAUGCUCCGAAGGUUGAAGCAGAAUGUCGUCUCUGCCAUGGAGCAACCGAGCCAUCGAAAAAGACGGCCAGUCUAGAAGAGCGAUACAAGGAGAUGAUGGACGCUAUCAAUGAGGCAAUGAGAGAAGUUGCCGAAAAGGACAAGGCUGCCGCCCUAUCGAUGCUACGUCAACAAGGUCAACACGACGAGGCCUCCCAAUACAAGUCAUGGGUAGAGGAACAGCGCAAGAUCAAACAAAGGAGCGCCGAGAAGACGGCUUACCGUCGAACGAAAGGCUAUAAUUUACUUCGAGGCUAUGAGGAGCCAUCUAACCAAGUUCCUAAUGGUUCCCAGAGAGAGUUGAAUAAGGAAUAGGUUAAGGCACAAGUUCGCAUAGUUUGAGCUAUUCAUGAUUGGACUUUGGUGGCGUUUAUUGAUGGUUGGAGUUAGUAGCAUUGGCAUGGUUCUGGCGGAUAUUUUGCUUUGGGGAUAUUUGCAGGAUUCACGACAGGAAUGAGUUAGGAAAUCUGUAUGAAUGCAUGGCUGGCGUAUGGGUGUCGCAUAGUAGGUGGUUACAGAUGUGUUGUUAGAGGGUCAAUCAAUCCUGCAUAUGAAAGAGUUUGAUGAAUAAAAAUCUCCUCUUCGAUUUAUA